GCUAUGUAUCUCUUUCCCUUAUGUAUUACAUGGGUUGUGUGAAGAUUACCUCACUUGCGACAUUGCUUUCAAUGCGGUUAUGCCUCUAAGUCGUGCUUCGACACGUGGGAGAUAUAGCCGCAUCGAGGGCGUUACAGUCGUGGAGGGACCGAAAAGUUGACAGGAGAAGCUUGCCCCCUCUACUUUGGGGUGCAAAGGCCGGAGAUAUGAAUGUCACAAAGAUGCUUCUGAUGGGGGAUGUUGAUGUCAAUGAAACCGACCCGGAAGGAAACACAGCACUUCACUGCUGCCUCAGUAGUAGCUCAAGCACACAAGAGCCAAGGUCUGAGUGGCUCCUGCUGAAGAAUGGUGCCGGAGUUUUCCAGGGGAACAAACUACGUCUCACACCAGUGCACGGCGAUGCAGCUAAGAUCAAUUACAAGGCUGUUCAGAGUUCAAGUGAAGAGGCAGGGAACAUCUCCAGGAAGUUGGCCUCUUCCUUGACCUACUGCAGAGUGGUAGCAAUUUUUCUGCUACUUCUGCUACUGUCUUUCUCGCCAGCAUCUGCGACAUGUGACAGGGAAGGUGCCUGGAAAAUAGCAGUGAAUUGUCUCGGCACCAGCCAACCCUCUUCACCACCAGCGGCACGCCUAGAGCCCCCGCCUCCACCAACAACUACCGUCGAGCUACCGCCGCCUCCACCAGCGGCAGAGCCCCCGCCUCCACCUGCAGCAAAUCUUGAGGUGCCACCGCCGCCGCCUCCAGCCGGGGCCGCCAUCCCGCCGCCUCCACCAGCGACAAUGGUCGAGUCGCCGGCGCCUCCAGCAGGAGCCGCUGUGGUGGUGCCGGCGCCUCCAGCCGGGACAGCGGUGGUGCUGCCGUCGCCUGAAGCCGGGGUUAUCACGUCGGGGAACACCAAAGAGGGCCACCUCUAUAAGGCUGUGUUCGGUUGGCAUGGUUUUGAAGGGGUUUGGCAGGGAUUAAAUCCCAUACAAGUCAAAUCCCUGCCAAAACCACUCCAAUCCCCUUGAGGCUGUGUUCGGUUGGCAUGGUUUUGAAGGGGUUUGGCAGGGAUUAAAUCCCAUACAAGUCAAAUCCCUGCCAAAACCACUCCAAUCCCCUUGAGACAGGGUGUAACCGAACAAAGCCUGAGACAGGGUGUAACCGAACAAAGCCUAAGUGGCUUUUCUUUGGUGUAUUGCUCGCCCUCCUAUUCUCUCUUCUGUUAGCACUGGUUAUUAUGAUAGGAGGGCCGUGCACAUGCCGGCUGCGCAUCUCUCUGAUAUGUUUCUUUUGCUCACUGGAACGAAACUCCCCAAGCUUUCCUGUGCCUGUAAUCCCCGGGGACGUCGAGCAAUCGGGCCGCCAGCUGCCGCCCGGCCAGCGGCUGAACGUAGCGGUGCCGAGCUGGAAGAGCAGCUGCACGACAGGCGCGUGCGCGUGAAUGGAUGAAGCUCAGCGCGAGGGAGCCUGUCCGAUGGAAAGAGAUUAGCUUGCUAAAAAAUGCUGUUAAUUCUGUUUAAUUUGUUUUUCCUUUUGAGGGAAUUCGGCUCAACUUGUUUGAGUUCAGUUUAAUUUCGUGAUAAGAUGUCGUGAUGGAUUCUCCGUGGAGUAAAUUGUAGUACAUCUCAUCCUGUACACGCUGGCUUGUAACAGAUCUUCAAUAUUUCUGUCACACAACAACCGAACGAUGCAAGUUUUGCAAAACCAAUAUUAAUCAUGCUUCCAAUGUUA